UUUUGGAAAGCUGGAAAACACCCCGGAUCCGCGCUCGCUUCAGCAUGCGUUUGGCGCACGGAGCGCACUCUUGGCGAGCUCUUCAUCAUCACCAUCAUCAUCACCACCAUCAGGCGCAGGGAUGAUGUUCAACUCCUCGCUUGAUUUCUUCUCGUUCACUCACCCCGAGGUCGCGUCGGAAGUUCUCAAUGGUUCCUCACACUUCUUCUACAACAUCUCGAUGGCCAUGUGGAACAAAUCCUGCGGGGAGCAGCUGCUGGACUUCACCGCGGCGGAGAAGAUCGUCAUCGGCUUGAUGUUGGCCAUCAUCACCACCGUGACGGUGAUUGGGAAUAUGCUGGUGGUGAUCGCCGUGUGCGUGGUCAAGAAGCUCCGACAGCCCUCCAACUAUCUGCUAGUGUCCCUGGCCGUGGCCGAUCUCUCCGUGGCCAUCGUGGUGAUGCCGUUCGUGAUCGUGACCGACCUGACCGGGGGAAAGUGGCUGUUUGGAGAGGUCUUCUGCAACAUUUUCAUCGGCAUGGAUGUGAUGUGCUGCACCGCGUCCAUCAUGACGCUGUGCGUGAUCAGUGUGGACAGGUACCUUGGCAUCACCCGCCCUCUGACCUACCCUGCCCGUCAAAACGGUCAACUUAUGGCCAAGAUGAUCUUUGGAGUGUGGCUGGUGUCUGCCUCCAUCACACUUCCGCCAUUUUGCGGCUGGGCGAAGAACGUAAACACGGCUGGCGUCUGUCUGAUCAGUCAGGACUUCAGCUACACCAUCUACUCCACCGCCGUGGCCUUCUACAUCCCCAUGAUUGUCAUGCUCUUCAUGUACUACAAGAUCUUCAAAGCCGCCAGAAAAAGCGGUGCCAAGCAUCGAUUCACCGACUUCUCCCGCAGGGAUCGACUUGAAACCGUCGCCAGCGAAGCUCUGAGGAUGCAAGGCCUAAAACCUCAACACACGCCUGGAGUAGCAGAGGAGUGCGCCGCUCUUUCUCGAUUGCUCAGCCGCGAACGACAGAACAUCUCCAUUUUUAAGAGGGAGCAGAAAGCAGCGACCACACUUGGAGUCAUAGUUGGAGUUUUUGGGAUUUGCUGGCUGCCGUUUUUCAUUCUUUCUACAGCGAGACCCUUCAUUUGCGGGGUCAAGUGUAGUUGCAUACCAAUCUGGCUGGAGAGGACGCUGUUGUGGUUUGGAUAUGCAAAUUCAUUAAUGAACCCCUUCAUUUAUGCUUUUUUUAAUCGGGACCUGCGAUCCACGUACAGAGACUUGCUUCGUUGCAGAUACCGGAAUAUAAACCGGCGACUGUCGGCUGUUGGUGUGCAUGAGGCACUGAAGGUUUAAAAAAAAAAAAAAAAAGAAAAAAGUGAAGUUA